AUGCCCGAACCUAAAUUGAAUCGCGAAACCUGGGGAAGCUGGUUUGAGUUUGUCUUUUCGUGUAUUGGAUCUAUGGUAGGAUUAGGUAAUGUUUGGAGAUUUCCAUACAUCUGUUUUAAAAAUGGUGGAGGAGCAUUUUUGAUACCGUAUUUCAUAUUUAUGUUUGCCAUGGCAAUGCCGCUUAUGUUUAUGGAGUUUUCAAUCGCUCAGUAUUCCAGCCUUGGGCCAGGGAGAUUGUUUUUGUGUUGUCCAUUGUUUAAAGGUAUAGGGUAUGGAAUUAUUCUUAUGUGCAUAAUUUCAGCUUCUUAUUAUUCAACCGUCAUAUCGUGGACAUUAUUUUAUUUUGGAAAUUCCUUUCUGUCGCCGUUGCCUUGGACAUCAUGCAACAACACUUGGAACACACACAACUGUUAUAUAAGAUCAUUUUCUAAAGAGGAAGCGAUGAAUAGUACUGUAACCCUUAGUAACAUAACUCAGUUUCAUAAUGGCAGUGUGCACGUGGAAGCUUACACGAGUUCCGAAGAAUUCUGGGAAAACCGUGUACUAGGACUAACCUCUAGCAUAAACAACAUCGGAAUACAAAGAUGGGAGUUAGUUUUAUGUUCCUUAGGAACAUGGACUGUGGUGAUCCUGGCUUUAAUAAAAGGCAUAAAGUCUUCGGGAAAGUUCAUGCUGUUUGCGUCAACGCUUCCGUAUUUGUUCUUGGUAAUACUGCUAAUCAGAGGGCUUCUCCUUCCUGGUGCUCUAGACGGUAUUAAAUACUUCUUCAUACCAAGAUGGAAGGAUCUUAAGAAAUUCUCUGUUUGGAGCGAUGCUGCUGUUCAAGUCUUUUAUUCGUCAAGUCUUGGAAUAGGUGAACUGUUGACACUGGCAAGUCAUAAUCGUUUUAAGAACAAUUGUCAAAGAGAUGCUAUGAUUCUCCCAUUUGUUGAUGCUUUUACGAGCAUCUUUGCAGGAUGUGUAAUAUUUUCAACACUGGGUUACACAGCAGCAUCAUCGAAUCUAGACAUUGAUAUGGUUGUCAAACAAGGACCGGGAAUUGCAUUCGUCGUAUAUCCAGACGCCUUAGCCACAUUACCAUUACCACAGAUAUGGUCGGGAUUGUUUUUCCUUUUGUUAUUCAUGAUAGGAACCAAUAGUUUGGUGUCAGAAGACUAA